AUGGACAUCCCGAAGAACCUACGCGACUCCCUCGGUUCCGGGAGGCGCGACGCCGCGCCCGCCGGCUUUACGUCGACGAAGCGGGCGCGCAAGGCCACCGCGCGCUUCGCCGACCUCGAGGCCAAGGGCCAGUCGUACUCCCAGGCGGACGACGACGACGCCGCCGCCUCGUCGCCGCGCCCGCCGCCGCGCAAGAAGAAGGCGCCGCCGAAGACGACGACGGAGAAGAAGCCGAAGCGGCCGCGCGCGCCGCCCGCGCCGCCGACGGUCAAGCGCCCGCGGAACUUCGAGGAGCGCGUGCCGGCGACGGCGGAGCAGCUCCAGGGCCUGAGCAUCAAGGACCUCAAGGCCCUGGCCGACAAGCGCAAAGUCGACCUGACGGGCUGCGCGGAGAAGGGCGACCUCGUGCACGCGCUCGUCGCGGCGCGCGUGUUGUUGCCUCCGUCGGUCGCCUCGGCGCCACCACCCGCGCCGGCGCCGGCGCCGCGGGCUCCCGAGCCGGCCGACGACGCGCCGAUGCCGCCGCCGGACGAUGAGGCCGACGACGCGGCGGCGGAGGCCAAGCGCGAGCGCGCGCGGAAACGGCGCCGCGAGCGCGCCGCGGCAGCGAAGGCCGAACGCGAGCGCGCCGCCGCGCCUGCGCCCGCGCCGCCGCCGCCUCCAGCGGUCGUCACGAUAGACGACGACGAGCCCAUGGCGCCGGGCGACGACGACGGCGUGGCGCCCGCGCCGGCGGCUCCUACCCACGACUCGGAAAUCGCAGCGUGGGCAGCGCUGGCGCCGCGCGGCGUGCGCGAGGCGUGGGAAAAGGCGGGCCUAGACUUCGGCCAGCAGCUCCGGGAGGCGUUCUCCGGGAGCUCCGACGCCGAGGAGCUCGACGCGCCGGCGGCCCUCAAGCAGGCCGCGGAGCUCGAGACGGUGGCUAUCGGGCUCCGGUUCUUCGCGGCGGUGGGCGCGCGGCCGCCGCGCGCCGACGACGUGCGCAUCACCGACAAGGUCCGGCAGGCGUACCCGCUCGUCGACGUGCGCUACGCCCAGGCCAAGUCCGGCGAACUCUCGCUCAUGGACGCGCUGAAGGAGUUGGCGCCGGCGCGCUUGCGGCUCGCGGGGCUCAUGCGCGUGCUCGACGCCGCGCGCGAGCGCGGCGACGUGCGGGCGAGGCUGCGCGGCCUCGGUGCCAGGAAUUGCCUGCGGGGCGAGGAGGUCGUUGUCACGGGCGUCUGCGAGCUCCUGGGCGGCCGCGAAGACAACCGGGGCGACACGCGCCGAGAGCUCAUCGAGUGCAUCGAGCAGCUCGGCGGCACGUGCAAGAGCGAUGUCAAGGGGACGGACGCCAGACCGGGGACCACGUUGCUCGUCGUCGGCCUCGGUGAGAAAGGCGUCGAUGGGAAGCGCAACGGCCGGGGCGAGGCGCCAGAAACCUCGGGAAAGUUCCGUAAGGCGACGGAGAUCAACUCCAAGCGCGCGGCAAAACGGCACUCCGAGGAGCAGAAACGCCGGGAGAAAGAGGAGGCGAUGCGAAAUAACCCGCGUAUAAAGAAGCCGCACGAGGUCAAGUCGGUGCCGCCCGACAUCCGCAUCCUGCGCGAAGACGAGUUCUACGCGUGGGUGGCGUCGCUGCCGGCGCAGCGCGCCCGGGACGAGGAGGAGGACGCAGGGCCGAAGACGACGGCCCCGCCGCGCGUCUUCCCGGACCUGCGGCGCAUCCACUACACGCACCCGACGAAGGCAGCGUCGGCCAAGGGCGAGCCCGGCAAAGAGGGCGGCUUUCUCGCCGACGCGCUGGCGCCGCCCGGAGGGUUCACGUUGGAGAAUGCGAUCGUGGCCUCUGGCGAACAUCUCGACGGCGCGUUCGCGCACGCCAUGCUCCAGAAAUGUUCGUGCGCCGACGGCGCUUUCGACAGCGGCCGAAACGACGUCGCGUCCUACGUCACUGUGCACUGGGAGGGGGCGGAUCGGCACGCGGGGCCCGGCGACAAGCCAGAAAAGGAGUGGAGAUCGGAGCCCAAGGGCUGGCUCGCGGCCACGGCCGAGCCGGGCUAUCACACGCGGCGCCGCGGCCGGCCGUUCGAGAGCUGCCGCCAGGUCGACGUGAGGCAUGCGACGAAGGUUGCGAGGAAACGGGCCAAGCCAAUUCUGGGCUCACAGUUCGGGCUCCUGGCGGACGCGACGAUCGGCAUGGGCCAGGCCCACUCCAAGUUCUGGCUGCUGCGCUUCAAACCUGCGGCGGAAGGUCGGAGCGGCGGCGUCGUCCGCCUCGUCAUCUCGAGCGGCAAUUGCCGGCCAGUCGCGUACGCGGCGCACCCGAAGCGCGAGUUAGUAGGCUUGUGGUUCGCCGAUUUCAAGGAGGUCGACGGUGCUGCGCCAUCGCCGUUCCGCGACGCGCUGCUGCGGCACUGUCGGGCGCUCGUGAACGCGAGGUCGGCGGCAGCUCAGGCUGACUUCGCGAGGACGGCCGCGACGCGCGCCGACGCGCUCGCGCGGUGCGAGGAGCUCUUCGCGGCCUGCGAGCGCGCCGAUUUUUCGCCGGCCGACGCCGCGGGCGUGCGCCUCGUGGCCCACGAGCCGGGUUUGCAUCCGAGCGGCGCGGGGGUCGCGGCCGAGGCGUUGCGGGCGGCGUUCGCCGAGGCGUGCGUCGAGGCCGGCGGCGGGCCCCUGAACUGUUCCGCCGUGUGCCACAGCUACGGCGGGUGGCUUGAGGGGGGCGCGACGGGGCGGGCGCGGCUCUCGCGCCUCAAGUCGGCCAUGGCGCCCGGCGGCGGCGACAUAAACGUGUUCUGGCCCGAGAGAGGCGACAAGCAGCUCUUCCGGAAGGAUCGGUCGACGGAGAACGUCGGAUUGAAAUAUGCGACGCAGGACCGCGGCCUGGAGCAGAUCAAGGCGGCGUGCGCGGGCGAGGCCCUGACACGCCUGCGCGUGGCCGCGCACGCGAACGAGCGGGGCGCCGACAAAUACGUCUACACGCCGCACCUCAUGCUCUACGUGCUUCACGACGCCACGGGCGGCAUCAAGCGCCUUCUGCUCUCGUCGGCGAACCUCUCGGCGGCGGCCUGGGGGCGGCGGCGGUCCCAUAAGUUUCCGAACGACGAGAACGCGCUGCCGACGGACGAGGGCGCGCUCGAGGUUCGGAGCUUCGAGCUCGGCGUAUCUGUGCCGCCCGCCGACGCGGACCGAGCGAAGGAGGACUUGCCCUUCGUGUUUCCCGCGGCGGCCGCCGGCCAGUGCCAGAGGGAGUUCAUCGGCGUCAACUCGUUGGACCGGGACGACCGCGGCGUGAUGCAUUACUAGUGUGUAAGAAGAACAUUGUGA